GACUUCUGUCUGUAGCCUCUCAGCUCUUUUUACGCCGUUUCAAGACGUAUACGUCCUUCCUAUAUCAUAAUUGAUGGGACUACGGUUGCCUAGAAACGAUGAUAUAACGUUUAUAAGAGCUUCUAUCGCCAACAUGCUCGACUAUUGACCGGAAAAUUCCUGGAUAAUAAAAAGGUAAAAUAAGAAGAAAGGCGAACAAUCAUAAACAAGAUGAUUUCGACUAACGUGAUGUCUUUCAUGAAGAAGAUAGUGAAGCCAUCUAGAGACGAGACUGGAGAGGCUUCUGGCCCAAUGAACAAGUUGAAACAAACAGUAACAACAGGUCUUCAAGAGAUGUCUAUCGCUCGAGAACAAACGACUUCCAGCAAAACAAGGAAAACAGCGACAUCGCGUCUAACACCACAGGAAAGGUCUAUUCUUAGGAUGAUAUGGCAGAAAAAUGAUGACAUUGAAGAAGAACCUCGGAGAGCAAGUCUGGCUAGACCAGCUGAACCUGUGAAGCAGACGGCUCCUACUAGAGAGAGUUGUCGAAUAUGUCUGAAGAAUAUUUCUGAUGGCGAACAAAACAGGGAGUGUGACGAGUGUGGUCAGAACGUGUGUGAAGAUUGUGCUUCCUACUCCGGAGACCCUACCGACAGCCUACAGGAAUGGAAAUGUAGUUUUUGUAGAAGACGACAGGGUCAAGAUCGUCUUGGUAUCGAACUUCCGCCAGGAUCGGGAAUGAAUCGAGUGCCGUCAGUUCGUCGAAUGGAACAAAGGGCACGAGAAGCAGGUAAGGAAGGAUAUUUUUCAUCUCUUGACCCUGGAAGUGACUUUGACAUUUUGAAGACUUCAGAAGAGGCGACUGAUUUCAAAGCUUUUAAUUCCAUAGACGAAAGUGUACCGUCAUUCAACAUUGUCGCCACAAAUAUUAAAGGUUUAACUAAAGAUCAAGACCGCGAAAUUAGGAAUAAAAGGAGAUCAAAGACCCUCGCAACAAAAGCCAAUCAUAGGAGGCAAGUUUCCUUAAAGAGAAAAGACAGUAGACCUACCGUAGAAAAAAAGAAAUCAACUGAUGUUUCAAAGAGAAUAAAAGAAAAAAGAAGAAGAAGCAUUCUUACUUCUACAGGAGAAUAUUUGUCAAGGUCUUCAUCUCCAGAAAAGCAUGCCAGAGAGAGGCAUUUUUCAUUCGAAAAUUUAAGUGAUCGAUGCUCCUCUUCUGAAUCUACAAAAGGAAUGAUAACAUCAAAAAUGCUAGCUCUUAAAGCAGUUUAUCGUAAAGAUGACUCGCAUCUUGGGUCAUAUUUGUCCCACGCUGACUUUGUACAACUAAACAAACAUUCUUCUGCAUCUGGAAGUUCUUUGGAGGAAAGUUCUCACAAAGAAGAAAAGGAACGUAAACGAAGAAGUAGAACUAAACGUCGAUCAAAAAUCCAGCGACAAAAUUAUUAUGUCAGAGAACCAGAUUCAGAUCCAAUUUCUUAUCGAGAUGAGAAUUUUCCAAAAGCAAAUACAAAAACUUCUUUUGAGUCAAGUAGUGCCAUCGACAGUCUUGAAAAAGACCUGAACUAUGAAUCUCAACGCCGCCAUAGCAUGAGAGUACCUACAGUUCUAGAAAAGCCUCUCCGACAAAUUGCAUCAGAAACCGCUUUGGACAAAAGAAGAGUCAGUUCUGAGAGCUCUGAUACAAGUGAUAUCAGUGAAGAUAUAUCUACACACAGCGAUCGAAGUGGCUUUGAUGGAAGUCAUGAGGGUUACCAGAAAGGUGAAAAAGUUGCCGUGCAGAAUCCUAUGAUUCAACGAGAUGAUUCUAAGAACAUACCGGCACAUUUGCAAUUUGUAGAAGGUGGAUAUUUUAGCCCCACUGGAACAGCAGACAGCUCACUUUCUCUUGAUGAACAUUCCCAUCUUUCUUCAGACAAGUCUUUUUCCCUGGAUGACAGAGAUAUUUUCAGGACGUCAACACCACACAUAAGACGAAGCAUCCCAUCAGUCCUUGUUGAUUCGGUUGUAGACCAUCAAAGAUCAGCCAGUGUAUCGCUUCUGACCUCUGGUCAUUAUAUAAUGGACAAUCCUUUUCCGAGAAGAAACAGCACAGGAAGAAUGCUUCCCAUGCUUCCCGUAACAGACAACCAGCUUGGUUUAUAUCCUGCAUCACAAAGUAGAAGCUGGAGUACUCACUCUCUCGACUUACCAAGGGAAGAAUCCGGAUGGGCUGAGCGAAGAGCGUCAGCUCCAGAAGGAGAAAACAUCAAAAUUGUGGUUGAUGAUGUAGAUUCUCAUCCAAAUGGUGUUCGUGGUAAAAGCUCUCGACAACCGCUUUUGAGGUUGGUGAGACUACAUCGUGAUCGGAAGGUACCAGUCAGGGGAUUUGGACUGAAGGUAAAAGGUGGGAAAUUUUCUGACGAUGGACAUUUACAUGCUUACAUCGCUUGGACAGUUGCUGGUGGAUCAGCUGAAAAGAAAGGCUUAGCACAAGGGGACCGUGUAUUGGAGUGGAAUGGAGUUUCGCUGGUUGACAAAACUUAUGAAGAAGUGUCUACUAUUAUCGGGCGAUCGCCAGACACGGUUGAUCUGCUAGUGGAAAAGGUUGCAUGGAGGAGACUAAGCGAUCAACUAGGAAGUGUUUCAAGUCCACAACUCAAACAUGCAAGUCUUAAAACAGAUCAUGAUACCAAAACCGACGUCUAUUCAACUUCUCCAACCAGAAGGAAACUACCCAAGACUCCUAAUGACAAUGAACAAAGAGGUAGAGUCCAGGUUCAGAUACGAUAUGAUCCAGAUGACAGUAGUCUGGUAAUCACUCUUCUUUCCGCAAGAGGGCUCCAAUAUUGUAAAAAUUAUUCCGGUAAACUACCUCGUGCCUACGCAAAGGUUCGAUUGGUGCCUCAAUUAGGAUUUCCAUCAAUGAAAACCCGCGUGGCUGAGCCCGGUUCAAGCCCUAAAUGGAAUCAAACUUUUAUUUUUCCUUCAGUGUCAUCCGAAGAGCUUGCCACUAAGACGUUAAAUAUCACUGUUUGGGAUCAGAUUUCAUCUGGUGAAAAAAGGAUUUUAGGCGAAAGCCAGAUUAUUUUACGAUGCGAAGAACUCCAAGAAUGUCCCGCGUGGUACUAUCUGACCUCUCUCCAGAUGGCGCCCAUGAAACGGUCUAGAACAUGCAGUAUGUCUUCUGAUGACUUGGCCCAAAGACAAUUACAACAUAAUGGAACGAAUCAGAUUAUCUGCUUUCGUUCUUAUUCUGAUGGGAAAAGUUACUUAGACAGAAAAGAAGAAAGCUUAGUGAAGAACACAUCUAUGGACUCUUCUUUACUUCAUCCUGACGAUGCAUGCUGUGAAGAGCGAGCUGUGGCGUCAGAUGGAGCUACAAAUAUGGAAAUAAUACCACUAAAACAAAACCGUGACUCUAAACAAGCUAUCGAUACAAAAAACAAGUUUUGUUUUCACUCCCAAGACAAUUUAUCAGAUUUGAAUUCUACUAGAACCAAGACAACAGCCAAAGUGAAGAGUUCUAGUUUCAGAAUCCAUCGACCUUCAAAUUUAGAUAAAGAACAAGGAGAGACUGUCGAGCCGAUGACACUGGGUAAAUUAGUGAAGAACAAAUUGUGUCGGACACUAAGUAUGAAAUCGGAUAAGAACCAGAGGUCUGUGGGUCUAGAGUUAGAGAAAAGAUCAACACGAUCAAGAUCAGAUUUAACGUCAGAAAAUGAAAUCCCAAUAAUGACAAUUGGACCGAACGGAAUCCGCAGAGGAUCUGGACAAGUGUUCUCCAGAAAAAUUAAGUUUAGCGGAGCAGAAACUUUGGGAGACAUCAAACUUGGAUUCCUGAUUACCAAAGGACAUCUAGAAGUUCAGGUCAUAUGUGCUCGUCAGCUAAGACUUAAUACAACAGGACAACCCCCUGACACAUAUGUUAAGACUUACUUGAAAGAAGGAGAAAGACAGAUGCAGAAAAGAAAGACAAAAGUAGUUCGUCAUUCAUCAGAGCCGCAGUAUCGUCAAACAGUAAAAUACAGUGCUUCAAAUAUCCAAGGUCGCCAUCUACUGGUAAUGGUGUGGGAACGACAAAAAGGUUUUGAACACAAUAAACCACUAGGAGCAGCCGAUAUCCAACUUGAUAGAUUGGACUUCUCAAAAUUAAUUGUUUGCUGGUAUCCCCUUUAUCCGAUCUUGCAUGAGGAAAUGGGUUCAAACGAAUCUGUUUGAUUUUAUGUGUCUAUGCUUAUGGAACCAUAACUAAUACUUUCUUGGUUGGAGUGCUAAAACUGUUCUCGAAGUACGAAUUUUGAAUAAGGUGAAGAGUAACACAGGCACUUUUUAAAGCAAUUUCUUAUUUAUUUUUAAAUAAGUUGUGUUAUAAUAAUAUUUUAUAAUUUUGAAAGUUGAGAAUUGUGUUGUUUUUUCGUAAUUGAUCUAAGUUGUGACAAAUUUCAGAGAGUAAAUUUUAAAAAUAAAUAUUUUAAAAUGAAGCGCACUUGGCGAGGCCUCUAAGUUAAAGUUAUAAAAACAAGAAAUCUGAAAAUCUAAACUAUUUUACUAUGAUUUAACCCGUAAAGAGUUUUCAAAAUACCAAUGUAUGACUCUGGUUUACUGUUGGUUUUGCCGAAGUUAAGAUCAUACAGAAAGUAGAAUUAUCAAAAUAAUUUUGUAUUUACUUUGAGAGAAAAAAAUGAACUCCAUUUGCAAAUUUAUUUCAUUACCCAACAAUAUUUUUUUUUUAAUAAUCUUGAUACGGUUUUGUUAAUUAGUCUAAUUUUGAUGGACAUGUUUCUUGUUAAUUAGUCCAACUUUGAUGGACAUCUUUCUUGUUAAUUAGUCAAACUUUGAUGGACAUCUUUCUUGUUAAUCAGUCUAACUUUGAUGGGCAUCUUUUCUGUUUUUUAGUCUACCUUUGAUGGACAUCUUUUCUGUUAAUUAGUCUACCUUUGAUGGACAUCUUUUCGGUCAAUUAGUCUAACUUUGAUGGACAUCUUUUCUGUUAAUUAGUCUACCUUUGAUGGACAUCUUUUCUGUUAAUUAGUCUAACUUUGAUGGACAUCUUUUCUGUUAAUUAGUCU